AUGGAGCACGAGGUUAACUAUGACUUCGACCACGAAGAUCACUUCUGGCACGCCCUGGAUGAAAUCAUCUCCCGUGAAUGCGAGAACCACACCUUUAUCGACGACACCUUGCGAUCCUACCUAGCUAUAAUCAGCUCUUGCCGUGAGCGCUUCCUUCCUUCGGACCAUGAUCUUGGUCGAUGCGCAUUCAAGCUCCAGGACUCGCCUCUGUUCUCGACGCAUUCCGACUACAUUCGACGUCAAUUUGUUCAGUGCUUGAUUGAGGAUGACGAGCCAGAUGUCGUCCUGGUCUCAACAACAUUUUUGCUCGCUGAUGCGCAGACUCAUGAACGUACAUAUGAGUUGUUGAACGAUCAAGGCGCCUUUCCCAGACUAGUCGACUUAAUCCAGAGUCCCCAGCAGCAUGGCCAUGAAGGAAUCCACCGGCUUCUUAUGGAGCUUCUGUACGAGAUGUCACGGAUUCAGACAAUCAAGUCCUCCGACCUCGCACACAUUGGUGAUGACUUCGUGAAAAUGCUCUUCGAAAUCAUAGAACAAGUUUCCGACGAUGUUGAAGAUCCUUACCACUAUCCGACGAUCCGCGUCUUAUUGGUUCUUAACGAACAAUUUAUGGUUGCUGCACAUGAACCAUCCAACAACAAGCCAGGCUUACCACUUACCAAUAAAGUUAUCAAAGUACUCUCUUUGCAUGGUAGUGCAUACAAGACUUUCGGCGAGAAUAUAAUUCUCCUCUUAAAUCGAGAAGACGAAACAUCGCUACAACUCUUGACCUUAAAAUUACUGUACCUACUUUUUACUACACCACCGACAUAUGAGUACUUCUACACCAACGACCUUCACGUGUUGGUUGAUAUCCUUGUCCGAAAUCUUUUGGAUUUACCGGAGGAAGCCUCUUCUCUUCGACAUACGUACCUUCGCGUCCUCUAUCCCUUGCUAGAACACACCCAGCUUCAAUUUCCUCCGCAUUACAAACGGGAUGAGAUCCGGAAACUCCUCCUUGUUCUAGGUGGGGGUCACCUGGCGGAUGCUUCAGAUAGUCAAAAUGGUUUGCACCAUUGGGGUCAUUUUGAAGCAGUCGACGAGACGACAAAACGUUUGGUAAAGCGAUGUGAAGGCGUUAGCUGGCUGAUUGAUCCUAGAACUGAUCGCCCUGAUCAAGUUGAAUCUCCCACUGCAGAGACGAAUUCGAAUCCAACGUCUCCAAUAUCUCCCGUCAGGUCAAUCCCACCGGAGCUCCCAGCCCCUCGGAAACUAAAGAAGCGCAACUCCUCAAAGGCUUCCACGUUAACGAUUGGACAGUAUCUUACACCCCAAUUGGAGGGUGCCAGGCACUCCAGUCUGAGCAUGAUGGAAGUCGCGGCACAAACAGAGAAGCCAGGAGUUAUCACACCCAGUCGAAACCCAGGUUUGAAGCACAAUCUUCGGGCAGCAAUCAUGCACAAUAAAAAGGAGAGGCCACCACCGCCACAAGCCAGACGUUCUGAUUGGACGAGGAUGAAAGCUCAAAGACAGCCCAGCGAUGCAGAGGUUGCGACAGUCGGAGUUGCGGAUCUGAACACCAAGAUUGACCUGACCGAUCAAAAGCCACCGGCACUAUCGGUGGUGCCUGAGAAGAUGACAAAACCGCAUCAAAACCUAGAAAAGGUUAAAGAACGAGAGCAGGAUAAACAUACAUCAUCUCCUAUACCACGUACAGAGCCACCACCAAACUCUGGCCAUCAUCACCAUAUACCACACUAUAAAAAGCCUCCACCGAUGCCUAAAGCUCGUCGGUGGCGUGGCAAGAGGGGAAAGGAGGACAAUGAAAGCGGCAGUGGCCCCAGUGGCCCAAGAGUUCCAGGGAGAUUCAACCCCAACCUACCAUCAAUCGUCACAACCUCGUCCGCAGGAGAACAAGUACCUACCCAAUCACCCUUUUCACCACUGGAAAAGAAUCUUUCCCCACCAGAACCAGGAACAGACGAUUCCGGCCAAGCCAAAUCCAGUGUAAGUCAGGCAUUAGAGAAGGCACAGGCAUCGGUGGUUGAGGCCAUCACUGAAACAAUGGAGCAAGUCGAUCUCGCUGUCGAGGCAGAAGCAGCAGAAGAUAACGGACCGAAGCGCGAGGCCGGAGGAAGCAUUGACAGUAAUCCAAAACGGGAUUCACUUACGGAGACAAGCUCCAUGCAGGGAGAAGAACCGCAACAUUUCCACGACGCUCUCCUCACGCAGCCACUUACAGAACCACAGCAGCCAAGCAUUCCACCUCCUCCACCUCGACCACCAAUGUCACGCCGACAUACCGGAGCCUCAGCGGUAGAGCGGGCACCAGAACCAACUGUCCCGCAACCGCAACCGCAGCCUCAACCUCGAGUCGUCCUCACCCCGCCGGGUCAGGAGCCCUCUCGCGGGGUGCCGGGCCCGCAGAUUGCGCUCGAGCGGAGCCCGUUCCUGACCGACGAGGAGGACCCAGAUAGUGAGUGA